AUGGGCCGACCGCUGGACGCCUACGAUGACAUCGCCAUCGCCACCAUCGUCAUCUACGCCGUCUUCCUCGCCGGCGCCGUCGCCCUCUGCUUCAAGCACGGCCUCGCCCGCUCCUCGGGCUGGCGCUUCCUCAUCAUCCUCGCCCUCGCCCGCCUGAUCGGCUCCGCCUUCCGCCUCGCCACCGUCUCCGCCCCGGCCGACGCCGGCCUCUACGUCGGCUGGCUGACCCUCAACGGCCUCGGCCUGGCGCCCCUGAUCCUCAUGCUGCUCGGGCUCCUCGGUCGCGUCUUCGACUCCACCAACCGCAGCGGCCACGACGUCGUCAAGCCCGCCCACCGCCGCCUCGUCGAGAUCCUGAUGCUCGUCGCCAUCAUCCUCGUCAUCGUCGGCGGCACACAGUCUGCCGUUACCGUCCAGGGGGGCGUGCCCAAGAUUGCCUACUCGUCCACCAGCAAGGCCGGCACCGCCAUAAUGGUUGCCGUCCUGGCCCUGCUCUGCCUCGAGCUGCUCCUCGCCUUUCGCAAACGAGGCCACGUCGCCCGGGGCGAGCGCCGCAUCAUCGUCGGCGUCGGCCUCUCCAUUCCCUUUGUCAUCGUCCGCCUCGUCUACUCGUGCCUCGUCGUCUUUGGCGGCGUCUCGUCCAACGUCUGGCUCUACCUCGGCAUGCUCGUCAUCAUGGAGAUGAUCGUCGUCAUCAUCUGCCAAGUGCUGGGCUUUUCGCUCGACAAGGCCCCCCCUGCUGCUGCCAAGGACGACCAGGAGCAGGUCCGGGCCGGGCAAUGA